UUCAAAAUAGGGCACCAAAUGAAUGAUUAACAUGUAAUGGUAUAACUUUUCAGAAAAUGCCAUAUUGGAUUGCAUAUAUCAUGAAAUAGAGAAAACAUUCUAUGUGCUGGACAUCAUGAAUUGGAAGGACCACCCUGUUUAUGAUAGUGAGACUGACUUUCGUUUUUUCUGGAUGAUGAGCAAAAUGCAGGAGAUUCAGAGGUAGGGGAAGUCAGCAAAUUGAAUCCAUACAAAUUUAUACCACUUCAGUAUCAUAGCUGUAAGAAAGAGAAUCUAGAAGAGUUAUUUAAAUCAACAACAACACAGUUUGAUGGUUGUCUGUUCUACCACAAGCAAGCCCACUACACGUUUGGUGCAUCCCCUUUAGUUGUUUGGCUAAAACCGUACAUGGUCGGAGAACUGCUCGGCAUUGAAAUUCCAGAUUGUAUGUUGCAACAGAAACCGGCUAACUAUUCUACGUAUGCUGCGCACAUGCAACAGGUGAAGGACAGGAAAGAGCACUUUGCGAAGGAGCUUGAGGAAAAGAAAGCGCAUAGGAAACAGAAACGUGGACAAGAUCGGUCAAAACAAUUUAAGAUGGAUCUGAUGGAAUCCAGAUGGUUCACAGGAAUACCGGAGAAUUUUGAAACAGAUUGGUGUACAGUAGCAUGUCCUGUAGGGAAAAGAUGCCUAGUCAUGGCUAUAGAUGGAGAGACGAAGUCAUUUAGUAAGAAAGGUUUUAAGAUACCUGGCUAUUUCUUGUCAGUGUUACCAGGUGGUAAUGGUACAGAGUAUGGAUUUGGUCCUACAGUUGUGACUCUACUUGAUUGCUUGUUCCAUGAAGAGAUGAUGACCUAUUUUAUUCUGGACUGUAUUAUGUGGGCAUCGAAUGACGUAAAAGACUUCCCGUAUAUGGACAGAAUGAAGUUUGUGAAAAGAGAAAUUUCAAAAAGACCAGAAUUUAAAAAUAUAACGGACCUUAACAUGUAUAAGUUUGUGCCACUGUAUCAGUAUGACAGUUCAUUAGAAGGUAUUGAUUUGUGCAUGAGGCAGACAACAUUUGAGAUUGAUGGACUCUUAUUCUUUAAGAAGGAUAUCAAGUACAGGUCAGAAAGCACGUCGGAUAUACUGUGGAUAAAGCCAUAUAUUUUACCAGACGUCUUUGAAGGCAUAGCAGUACCAAAAAGACUUAUGGCAGAAAAGCCUGACACAUACACCGAUUUUAAUACAUUCAUUGACGAUGUUGAACAUGGUAGAAUAAAAAUAGAGCCUGCCAGCAAGGGAGGUAAGAAAAAUAAGAAGAAGCAGACACAGUCCCAGGGACAAGGUUAUGGACAAGGAGCAAACAAAAAUCGGCCAGUAUACAGGGAAAGUCAGGCUGUAAAAGGAAGUGGAGGUGAACAGAACAGCAGUUAUUCACAGCUACUAGCUGGAGGUGAGCAAGGUCAUGGUCAGGCAAUUUAUGGUAAAGGAAAGUUCACAGGGCAUAGUUACUAUGGUGACGAGAGAGACUAUUACUAUCCAGACCCAGGUUAUAGAUCAGACAUGAGGGCUAGAAGAGACCAAGGAAUGGCUGAGAUGGAAUCAGCUGUUCCAUAUAACAGCAGACGACAGUUAAAUAAUAAAGGUCGUCAGAACCAUUUGUUUUGA